UUCUACGGAUCCACCUGAUUGCCAACUGAGUGAAGGUCUUGCCCGCAUUUCAGAACACAGAUGAGUUCAUGACGUAGGAUAGCACUUCAUUGUAGUUGCUUGUUUAGAGAGUGACAGUUGAACCAAAGGGUGGGUAACAGCUCGGACAACCCUAACAGCCCUUCCGGGGUUGAUGUGUUGAUUACCGAUUGGCUUGACUGUCAACCGCCAUUUGUCUUCGUUGAGGGUCAAUUCCAUAGUUUUUGAUACGCUCAUCUGGCAAAUAUAAUGUCUUAGCAUCAUGGCUAACUUGAAGCUGAACUUCAUCACAUGAUGACUACCAUCCUCAUGUGCUCUCAUUCACUCCAUGAACAAGUUUGGCAUCAAGCAAGCUGCAUAUUUUGUAAAUGGAAAACUUCUUUUCCUAAGAGUCAAGCCGUUUAUGACGCUGACAUAUCUUGAAAAUGAAGGAAAUGUCCGUUCUGAUGGUUCCGAGUGUUCCGAGCUUCAAAAUCUUGCACUCAAACUCCUAAAUGAUGACAAACAGCUGACGUUAAUCCAAACUCCAAAGCGUCUGUCCGUCUGUCCGUCUGACCUAGAGUCCCCUAGAGUGCGGACCGUCUGAUCCAAGGAGACACAGGGGUUUGGAGAUGCAAGAGACUUCAUCCAGUUCAGGCCCCGCCUCGCCUUCACCUGGGCCCUUGCCCGAGACUCUGCCUCCACCGGAUGUGAGCGUGGCUGACGUGUUGGCCUGCGACUAUGUGUGUUGGUACCCGGCCUUUGAGAAAGUGGCGUUGCCCAGCCUGAUCUUGCCCCUGCCUGCCCCGGUCUUGGCCUACCUCCGCGAUUCGGCCAGCUUGGUUGUGCCCCAAGAGUGUCAGGCCGAGAUGAAUCACUCUCACCACGAUCGGCUCUCGGAAGAUGAAGAGGAGGGCCAUGAGUCCCUAGGGGCGGGUGACGCCCCUGGGUCGCCUUGGUCUUCGUCCGAGGAUGUGAGUGCCACAUGUCCCACCUUUCCUGACUUCACCCGCCAGAUUCGCACUAGUUUGACGCGUUUGGGCGGGAACGCCUUCUGCAAAUUGAACUGGAGUGCCCCUCGGGAUGCCACGUGGUUGGCCUUGGGCCAUUCGUUACGCUGCCAUCAAGCUUCGCAGAUCUAUUUGCUCCUCAAAGGAUCGGAUUUGGUCGGCCACGACCUCCACCGACCCUUUGAACAAUGCUCGGAGCCUCCCGAGCCACACAUACGCGUGCCGUAUUCGUUGAUCCUCAAACCGUGGCUAGAUAUUAACCCCGGACACGAAUUCCGUGCCUUUGUCCGCCAUGGCCGCCUCGUGGGCGUGUCCCAACGUGAUGUGUCCACAUUUUUUGAUCAUUUACUCGCGGAUCGAGUCAACAUCUUGGGUGAUAUCCGUUCGUUCUUCGGUGAAUACAUUCAGUCGCGCUUUCACUUGGCCCACUACACUUUUGACGUGGUUCGAUCGACCAAAGAUCGAGUCCAACUGGUCGAUUUCGCGCCAUGGGGUGGGGUAACCGACCCGCUACUCUUCGAUUGGCACGAACUCGCAAAUCUAUCGCCUGAUUCCGAGACUCUUUGCCGGUUCAUCCCCACUGCUGCCGGAAUUCAGCCCAACGGACUUCGGCAGUAUUCUCUUCCGCGAGACAUGGUGGAUCUGGCCACGGGUCAAGACCCACUCAAAUUGAUGGAUUUUCUUCAACUUCAAACGCGGACCGAUCGUCCGGGCACACCCGACGACGAGCAAGGCUGAUUGCGCCCCAUCUGGCCUAGAAUGGAAGGAAUUAUUCCCUUGGGCUGAUCAUCGAUUGUGGAGAAAGAGCCAGAAAAAGGCCCAAGUUUUGGUGAGGGGGUCAAGUCUCUCAUCGACUCGGUCAGUUCAAGAGUUAGCGUAAUUAUCGGAACUUUUGUUCACAACGUUCAAAAUGCCCAAUGAGGAUGAGGAAGGUUUUAUAUUCUCUCCUGUAAACCAUUGAUCUGCUUUACCAUCUGGAUAAACUAUGAUGGUGGGAUGUUUACUGAUGAAAUCCAUUUCAUUUUGAUGUUGCAUGACACAUGUACAUAAAACCAUGACCUUUUA